CCCUCCCAACCUUUUUCGGAGGAGCUGUUUUCUGUCCCCUUGUUGUUUUGACAUUUCGGCAUCUUUGCGACUUGGGCCAUGUUCAUGCUACACGCGAUCCCGACUGAAUGAGUUGAGCUUUGGCAUUUGCAGCGACAAUUGAAGUGAUACAGCACAGCACAGCACAGUGCAUCGCGCGCAAAAACCCCCACAUUCGACGACUUACAAACAAACAUCCAGAUCAUUUGCCCUUGUCGCGGCGGGAUUCGCACGAGUCUGGCAUUCCUGCGACACCCCACGACGGAAACACGCCUUGUUUGUUGGCCGAAAUACCACAGAGGAGGAAGAUUGAACCGCGCGCAGAAGCCAAGGGGGGCAUCGGCCCAAAGACACUCAAACUGCCGUCGCACAUCGCGCUCUGUUUUUGAUCGCAUCGCCAGCGCUUUCCGCCCCUCGUCGUCGCCGUCAUGGCGCCGGCACCAGACCAACUCUCCUCGCCCGGUUCCGUGAGCUAUGAUUCCGACACCAUGGUGGUGGGGGAUGGGACGUGGGACUUUACCAAGAACACGUUCCUCCUCCCCAACUUGCAGGGCACCGACUUUGACACCAUGCGAUACAAUGGAAUGGGCAAUCGCUUCUCCACGCUUCACCAAUACCAUACCAUUAUCCUGGCCCACGGUAUCCUGGCCACCAUGGUUUUCCUCUUCCUGGUUCCCUUCUCUGUGAUGCUGAUUAGGUUCUAUACGAGAGAGCCGAUCCAUACGAUUCGACACCACGCCCGGCUCCAGGUUUUCUCGCUCUUGCUCCUGACGGCCGCCUUCAUAUUGCCUUUCUUCGCCGUAGGCCCCAAGAGAGCCCUCUCAAACCCGCAUCAUGGAAUUGGGGUUGCCAUUUACGUCAUGUUCGUUGUUCAGCUCGUCGGUGGUCGAAUAAUCCAGCACAUUACCAAGAUGCGAUCCCUUCGCAUUAUGCUUCAUCAGUGGCUAGGCAGGGCCAUCGCUAUCCUUGGAAUCGUCCAGAUACCCCUCGGACUGACUUUGUACGGAUCGCCCAAGGUUCUUUUCAUCCUGUACGCUGUUUGGAUGGGAUUCCUGUUGCUGGUCUACUUCGUUCUCAGCUACCAGGCUGAGGGCCGUCGAGACCAUUACAUUUCAGGAGGUCGCUCCGAAGCUGGCACUCGCAUUACCGGCAUUACCGAAUCCGAAUACUACUCCGAACAUAGAGAUGAGCACCAUUCGAAGCUGAAGUGGCUGGGCCCUCUGGCCGCCGCCGCAGGAGUAUUUGCUUUGGCUAGGGGACGCAAAAACCACGAUGAUGAUCGUAGCCGAGUCCGCAGCAGGUCCCCGUCCAUGUCGAGAAGUCGCGGUCCAACGGUAAUCUCAUCACGGCCAAGCUAUUUUUCGGAAAAAUACUCGGAUGUUCCAGAACGAAGCGGCGGCGGAGGUGGUAUGCUCAAGGCAUUAGGGGGUGCGGCGGCUGUUUUCGGUGCUGGAAAGCUCUUUUCCAACUUCAUGAGCCGUCGCGACCGGCGAGAUGAGGAAUACUCGGCUGUAUCUACCGAAACCCCGCGCCGUAAUAGGUCAGGACGCGCCAUGACUGUGAGCGAGUACGCCAGCGAAUAUACCGAUGAUGCAUCCACCAUUCCGCCGUCGCGCGCCCCUGCCCCUACUCAGACCGCUUCCGCCUUUGGAGCUCGGGACUCGGGUCGGCGUUCGUCACUACCUCCUUCUCGUUCGGAUAUCCGCGGAAAUGCACGAGGAUAUGAUGACUCCGAUUAUUCAUCCUAUGUUUCUCCUUCGCGACGGCGAGAUGAACCUGGUGGUGGUGGUGGUGGUGGUGGGUUUGCCAAGGGUGUGCUCGCUACCUUGGGAGUUGGGUGGCUUGCCAAAAAGUUUGCCGACAGGCGUGCUAGGAAAGAAGAAGAUGACCGAUUCAGGGAAGAAGAGGAGAUGAGGUCUGGCACUCAAUUCUCGAGGUACAGCCAAACCAACACGGAAUACACAUCUCCGAUUAGGAGAGACUCUCGCCGUCCGCCCCAGAGGCGCAGCACCGUUACAGGAACCGAAUUAUCAUCAGACAUGACGGAAUCUACGUUUGACACACAGACUGAGCUCUCACGCCCACCCCAAAAGGCGCCGUUGAGUGCUGCUGUCAGAGUGCCGCCUAGUACAUCUGCGUUGCUCCCUGGUGAAUCGCCUCCGCCUAGGCGUGGUGAGCGUUUGUCGAUGCCUGCUAUGCCCAGCGAUCCCCAUGGCGUUCUCCACCGUUCCGAGGUAUCUGAUGUGACUUCUCUGGCGGACCGGCCCACGGGACGCAAUGCAUCUCGACGACAGAUGGACAGCGAAAGGGCUGCAGCUGAGGCGGCGGCUCGGGCUAACAAGGACCGAAACGUCACCUUGCGAAAACUCACUGAGGAGGAGUCUUUGGCGCGGAGGAGCCGAAUGAAUUCACAAUCUAGUCUUUCCGAGUCUCCUACCAAGGGUCGCCGAUACCGCAGGGACGAUAGCCAGAGGAGGGCAGAGUCGGCAGCCGAGAGCAGGGCCGAAAGCAGAGUUCAGGACGAUUCCAGCCGAGUUGGGCCACUCCCUCCGCCAGGCCCAUCAUAUGCCAAGGACAGACGCGGCAGAGACUCAGCUUAUUACUCUGGUCAGCCUGCCCAACCCGCUCAAGCCGGACCUUCUGGUCACCUAGCACCGCCGGGCAUGCAGCUGCCCAAUGCCAGUGUCUCUAGUAUUGGCAGCCAUGGCACAUGGAGUGGCAUGGGACCUCCAACAGAAGUCCCAAGCGGACCAGCAGCUGUGCCUCCGGUUGUACCGCCAGUCGUGCCGUCAACGGCACCGCCAACAGAGAUUAAGGAGGACAAGGGCAACGAGUCGGCCGCAGACAACAGGAGAAGACGACGAGCGGAGCGACGAAGAGCAAGCAGCAGCCACCCUCCUCCAUCUGGAACGGACACGUAUACGACUGACACGUAUGAUGAUACCGAGAGGGGAUUCUGAUUUACGACUCAACCCCUACUGAGUUUGAGCGGUACCAGCUGGCAAACGAUGUGUUCGACUUCCGCUAGCUUCAUGAACAUAGCCAUUGGUAGCCUGUGUACAUACAGAACUAGGCUGGUGAUGAUUGUGAUUUAAUCUCUUUUUUCCUUUCUCUUGGUGGGAUGCUGCAUAUGCGUUGAGUCGUAGGAUACCUUUCCUUAUCUAUUAGAGGCGUUUGGGAUGGCAUUCUCAAGAACUCUGCAUUUUGCUGCAUUUGAUUGAUAAU